CUUCUGUCAAGCGAAUGAUUAUGGAUUUAAAACGAUUAUUUAUUAAAUUAUUAAUAGUGAUUUUAUAAUGUAAUUCAUAAAUUUAUUACCUUGUUUAAUAAUAUUGUAUUUUGUUUAAACAUCAAAGUGGUAUGGCAGGGCAAGGCCCACAGCAGCCAUACCACGGACCUGGCGGCGCCCCUACCAGCUUUUCCCCUAACUUCCAAUACUCCCAGACCCCUCAUGGGGGCUAUCCCCCACCAGGGGCGGACGGUGUACCCCAGGGGCAAUAUGCAAAUGUGACACCACCUUAUGGCCAGGGUUACAAUGAGUCUGUUGUGUUUCCGGAUUACCAACAGGGGUACCAGCCUUAUCCACAGCAAGGGUACCCACCGCAGGGGUAUCCGCCGCAGGGGUAUCCGCCGCAGGGGUACUACCAACAAGGGUACCCACCACAAGGGUACGCGCCGCAACAGAACUCGCCACGAGGGUUCCCGCAACAACUACAACAAGGAGCGCAGCCAGGCUUAUGCACUAUGGCGGGCUUCCUGGCGUGCAUGACCUGUCUCAUGUGUUCGUGCUGCCAAGCCCUCGGCAUGGCCAUGGGCUCCCAUGGAGGCGAGCAGUUUCCUGGACAAAAUCCUGGGCAAUAUCCCCAGCAAAAUCCUGACCCCUCAGUUGGCGAGGCUGUUGCAGUAGAACCUCCUAGCUUUAAUGAAGAUUAGAAGAAGGAAGAUGACAUCUGAAGGUGUCUAGGCGAAAAUAAAUAUUUACUUGCUUGGGUACCUCUGUGCCAGUCGUGUUCCCGCCGUGAAGCGGCUACGUGUGCUCGCAUGACUGUGUUUCAGUUUUAAGGGUGGGAUAUGACAUUGACAUUGCAA